AAUGGACGACCAACGUGGUCAAAGACGAAGUCGACGAUCUGCACCUGCUACGUGGACCGGUCCUGUUCGGCGUUAAGACAGUUUGUAGGGGUUGUGGGCGUAAAAGAAUUUACGUGUCAAGACGCUUAGGAGCGAGUCAAAACUUUGAUUUUUUAAAAACUGAUCUAACUGAGUGAAAGUUGAAAAAUUAUCAGUCAUGAAAUCGUUCAUUGUGCUUUUCAUUGCUACCCUUGUAGUUUCUGCAGCGUCUGCUGAAAGUUGUCAAAAACCGAAAGUCGAAGCUUCAGCCUAUGUUACUGAGGAUGCUACUGUUCUUACAAAAAUCGCUUUUACCACACAAUUUACGUUACAAUGCAGUAACGGAGUUAAAGGAAUUUCUCUUUACGCAGAGGUCAAUGGAAAAGCUUUACCAGCUGUUAAAUUGAGCGCCGAUAACAAAUAUCAGGUAUCGUGGACAGAGGAUAUCAAAAAAGCCCACUCAGGUGACUACAGCGUGAAACUCUACGACGAGGAAGGUUACUCCGCUAUACGCAAAGCUUACAGAAAUGCAGAAGAUCCCAGCAGUGUGAAGCCUUUAGCAGUAGUGGUUGUCAAUAACCCAGGUGUUUAUCUAGGGCCAUGGAUCAAUUCUGAAUUUUUGGCGGUGCUUUUAGCAGCCCUUGUUUCAUACACUGCGUUUUCCGCAAAAUCUAAGCUUCUCGCGUAAAACAAACAAUUCCACUAUUAAAGUAAUUCAUGAAAUGUAAUAUAGCUUUCUUAAAUAUACUUUCUUUUUUGUCUACUAA